AUGUAUUGUACCUGGAAGCUUAAAGAAUUGAAAGACGAACUAAAAAAACGAGGAGCGAAGAUAACUGGAAAGAAAUCAGAUCUUGUUGAGAGGUUAGAAUCAUAUGACCGAAAUUUUAAUUUCGGCAAUCAAAGCCCUGUAGCUUCUCAAAGUCAAGCAAUUGAUGUUCCUGCUGUGGAACUUUACCAGGACGUUAAUAGCUGCACGAUAUUGCCAAAGAUUACCAAAAAACAUAUUCAAAGUUAUUUUGAUAGAUUCAAUAAAAAUAUCAGUGAUGCAGUAAAAUUGUAUGAAUCAAGAUACCUUCUUAUUUUACGAUCAACAACAUUUGCCCAAGAUACAUACUUAAAAGGUUUUUGCAAGGCAUCUAUGAAACAACUACAAUAUGAGGUAAACAUCAAAUUAAAUAAUGAUGGAAUGCCUGAAGAAGCAACAUGUGAAUGUGCAGCAGGAGAAGGCAAAGAAGCCCAUUGUAAACAUGUAGCUGUGGUACUUAUUGCUGCUGAAAAUAUUGUUAAGGAAAAAAUAAUACUGCUACAUGAAGUUACGACAUCACAACUUCAAACGUUUCAUAAGCCUACAAAAAAAUAUUAUGCCACACCAUUGCGAGCCUCCAGAUUGCCAUCCAAAAGGGAUUUACAUAACAUUGUUUACUCUCCAUAUUUAAAACAAAACCCUUAUUUUGAUAAAAAGGCAUUCCAAUGCAGGUUUCAGUCCCUGAUUUUAAAUUAUCCACUCUCAUCGAUGCCCCUUAAACAAUUAUUUCCAGCAGCUAACCAACGAGCAAUAUGUUUAGAUCAUAAAUAUAUGGAAAAAAGUGCACAGGAUGUUUUUUUAGAAUCCAUUAAUUUACAAAAUUUAACUGAAGAAAGAUUAGUGGAAAUCGAACUGGAGACUAGAGGACAAAGUUUCAAUCCAAAGUGGCAUGAGUAUCGACAAACGCACAUCACAUCAAGUAUAUUUCACACUGUGUGCCAUUUGAGAAGUGAAACUUUAGUAAAAUAUUGUAACCAAAUAUUAAAUAAAAAUCUAGUCCAAACAAGAGCGAUGGCACACGGGAUGAUUAAUGAAAAAGUAGCCAUUAAAAAAUAUAUGGAGAUUUAUGGGGUGGUUGUUGAAGAGUGUGGAUUAUUUUUGUCUCAGGAACGACCUUAUCUAGGAGCAUCUCCAGAUGGCUUACUAGGAUCGGAAACAAUAAUUGAAGUAAAAUGCCCUUAUGCUUCCAGAAACCAAGAAAUCGGUCCUCUUACAGUACCUUACCUACAAUUUGAUUACAAUGGACAACUUACUUUAAAAAAAACUAAUAUUUAUUACUAUCAAAUUCAAGGGCAAUUAUAUGUAACAAAAAGAAAAUUUUGUAAUUUAUUAGUUUUUACCUAUAAAAGUUUAAAAGUAAUAUUUAUUGAACGUGAUGAACAGUUCAUUACGGAUAUGUUGAGAAAACUUGAUUAUUUUUAUUACAACUUCUUUAAAAAUGCUGUAACCAAGAAAUAUUUUUUUAAGGAUUAA